UAGGUUAGGCACGCUCGGCUCGUCGGCUUCUCUCCCUCUCCCUCUCGCCCUCUUUCUGCUCUCUGUGCUGCCCUCUCUCCCUCUCGCCCUCUCUCUGCUCUCUGUGUUGCCCUCUCUAUCUCUCUGCUCUCUGUGCUGCUCCCUCUCUCUGCGACGCCGCCGGCUGCUCCCUCUCUCUGCGACGCCACCGGCCGCUCCUUCUCUCUGCGACGCAGCCGGCCACUCCUUCUCUCUGCGCUGCUCCCUCUUCAACGCACACUACUACCCAUCGAUGCCUGAAGAUAAGCAAAAAAUUGGCCUUUUAUGGAAACCCCAAUUGCCUGCUUUGUCAUCUUCAUUAAAAGAGGGAAAUCACGAAAUGGGCAGUACCUCCUCCCUCUGGAUGCCCCAAAACAAGCUUAUAGAUGGACUUUUUGUUCCCCCUAAAGACCCCAAAAAGAUCAAUAAAUUGCAAAGAAAGCAACUCAAGGAUACUACUGGCAAGAAAUGGUUUGAGAUGUCUGCUCCAAAUAUCACGUCUGAACUGAAGAAGGAUCUUGAAAUACUUAAGUUGAGAAGUGUUAUUGAUCCGAAGAGACACUACAAGAAAAGUGACUCUAAAACACUUCCAAAGUACUUCCAGGUGGGUACCGUUGUUGAACCCGUGUCAGAAUAUUUUUCAAGCCGUCUCACUCGGAGGCAGAGGAAAGCAACUCUUACGGAUGAGUUACUCUCCGAUCGAGGAUUUCACCAGUACAGAAAAAGGAAGGUGUCUGAGAUCGAGGAUGAGCGACGCGCUGCUAGUGGGGUAUCAAAAUGGAGAGAGAAAAAGAAGAAACACAAGUCACGCAAGCCUACACAUUGAUUACUUCAAGAUGAAGAUUGCAUUCGAUGUUGCAUCUGGUAAACUGGCAGUUAAUUGCACUUACCAUCAUAGAUCCAGGUUCGUGUGUGUGCAGGAGCAGAACCAGAGGAUUUGUGUAAGGGGGAUUCGGGAAGUCAACAACCGGCAUUGGUAAUUUUUGUUACCUUGAAAUAUUUUUAUGCACCGUCAAGACUUUCAAGACUUGGAGAGAACUUCAUGAAAAAAAUUGUAUAUAUAAUGAGGGUUAAACUAGAGAUGUGAUGUGCGCAAGUUUAGGAUCACUACAUGCUUGAAAGCAUUUCUUUAGCUGGUUACUUUUUUUUGGGAUGUAUAAGUCGGUUAUUUUUUAAGUUAGCACCUUCUGAGAAGGUGACAAAAAUUUGUGUUUGCGUUGAAGAA